CACGCGCCGCGCCAGUCGCUCUCCACUGCAGCGAAGCGGCACAGAGAGAGAAAGAGAGAGGGAGAUAGAGAGAGGAGGACUUGCGCCUACUUUCAGAUGCCACAUCCCCUUUUACUAAGGACACCUUUUGGUUGAGUUCCAGUGCCAGUGGUGUCGCUGUGCGCAUCGAUGGGUGAUCCCGACUCAGUGGAGUCACACCGCGUCCCCCUGCAUCGUCUGGUCAGAGUCCUUCCCCGCCACCUCCUCGUCUCCUCCUCCGCGUCUCUGUCCGGCUGCGGCGGCUCAUCACUUCAUCGCUUCUCCGCUGCCUGUAGGAUUUGUUCCAAGUUCCGGACGUAGGACGGGCUAACUCUACUGUUUGGUUUCGUUAAAAAACGACUCUUUGUGGGCUGUGAGUGUGGUGGACCCGCAGAGGUUUCCGGCGGGUGUGCGUGCGUGAGGUGGGGUGGAUCCAGAGGCGCACCAGAGCAAUGAAGUUGAGCGGUUCCACGGAGCAGCGGUGCAUGUUGUGAUCGGCUCGUUAAUUCAGUGUAGCCUACUGCUUCAGUCUGCUGGUUGAUAGUUCGAGGCUGGUCGUCCGAGUAGAUCGCGAUUCCUUUGCCUACUUUUUGUUUAUUAACAACGAGCCCAAGAGAAAGAUGAAGACCCUUUAUGACUUUUCACAUUUGACUUAAGCAAGCGACGGAGAGACUUCUCGAAGCUGCACUACAGGAACCCUUCGACCCCCGUGCAGCCCACCUUGCCGACAACGAGUUGGCUAGUCUUCGAUAAUCGGUGUGUGAGUGUGGAGGGGGCGGGGAUUACCGAUCACAAACGGUAAUCAAACGACCGCAGAACACACACCACACACAUUUGAGGCUAGUGUUGGUCGUAACACGCGGAGACCAUGAAGAAGUUCCGUAAGGUCCUAGACGGCCUGACCACGUCGUCCCCCGGAGGCACUCUGGGCUCCCCUUCCUACAGCAGUGCGGCUGGGACCCCCACUGCGUCUACUCCCAGGGAGAUUGAUGUCCAGGAGACGCUGGUCUCGGAAAACUUUCAGCUAUGUAAGACGGUGCGCCACGGCUUCCCCUACCAGCCCACGGCGCUGGCCUUUGACCCCGUGCAGAAGAUCGUGGCCAUCGGAUCCCGAACCGGAGGCGUACGGAUACUGGGACGGCCUGGGGUCGACUGCUACUGUCACCAUGAGACCACAGCCGCCGUUCUCCAGCUUCAGUUCCUCAUCAACGAGGGGGCGCUGGUCACGGCGUGCGCCGACGACACGCUACACCUGUGGAACCUGCGGCAAAGACGACCCGCAAUCCUGCACUCGCUCAAGUUCAACAGGGAGAGGAUCACCUUCUGCCACCUUCCGUUCCAGAGCAAGUGGUUGUACGUGGGCACGGAGAGAGGCAACACUCACAUCGUCAACAUCGAGUCCUUUGUCUUGUCCGGCUACGUCAUCAUGUGGAACAAGGCCAUCGAACUAUGUACUAAAACACACCCGGGCCCGGUGGUCCAUCUGAGCGACAGCCCCAAGGACGAAGGAAAGCUGCUCAUUGGCUUCGAGAGUGGGACCGUCGUGCAGUGGGACCUCCGAAUGAAGAAGGUCGACUUCCGGAUCUACUACGACGAGGCCAUCCACUCGGUGAGCUGGCACCACGAGGGGAAGCAGUUCAUGUGCAGCCACUCUGACGGCAGCCUGACCCUGUGGAACCAGAGGAACACCGCCCGCCCCUUCCAGAUCACCUUCCCCCAUGGAAAGAUACAGAAAGAUGGGAGAAAGGAGUCGUGCAAACCGAUUCUCAAGGUGGAGUACAAGACUUCAAGGAACAGCAGCGAGCCCUUUGUCAUCUUCUCGGGGGGGCUCUCGUACGACAAGGCGGGCCGCCGGCCCACGCUGACCAUCAUGCACGGCAAGGCCAUCACCGUGCUGGAGAUGGAUCACCCCAUCGUGGAGUUCAUGGUGCUCUGCGAGACUCCGUACAACAACGAGGUCCAGGAGCCAUAUGCAGUCGUUGUGCUUUUGGAGAAGGACUUCAUCGUGGUAGACCUAACGCAGAGCAACUUCCCCAUCUUUGAGAACCCGUACCCCAUGGACAUCCAUGAGUCUCCCGUCACCUGUACGGCCUAUUUUGCAGACUGCCCUCCAGACAUCAUUCCAAUCCUGUACUCCAUAGGUGCCAAACACAAAAAGACGGGCUUCAGCCAGAAGGAGUGGCCAAUCACUGGAGGGACCUGGAACGUCGGCUCUCAGACGUACCCAGAGAUCAUCAUCACAGGACAUGCCGACGGGUCGAUAAAGUUUUGGGAUGCGUCUGCAAUCACGUUGCAGAUGCUCUACAAGUUGAAGACCUCCAAGGUGUUCGAGAAGCCCAAGCCCGGGGAGGUGCGGGGGGGCGACCUGGUGGAGGAGGACCCCUACGCCGUGCAGAUGGUUAGCUGGUGUCCCCAGAGCCGCAUCUUCUGCGUGGUGGGCAUCUCCGCCCACAUCAUUCUGUACCGCUUCAGCAAGUACGAAGCCAACACGCCCAUCGUGUCCUUGGAGGUGCGUCUGCAGUGCGACACGGAGGAGGUCCUGUCCCCCUCGGAGACGGAGAACCAGCCUUGUUUCCCUGAGCCCGGCUCCCACUCCCCGGUCCAAGCCAGCCCAGGGAGCGGCGCCUCCGAGGGGGUCAAGGACAGCAUCCCCUGCCUGAAGGUGAAGGAGCGUCCGGUACGGGUGCCUCCAGGGUACCAGGCUGAGCUGGUGGUCCAGCUGCUCUGGGUGGAUGGGGAGCCUCCCGGUCAGAUUACCAGUCUGGAUAUCAACUCUGCUUACGGCCUGCUGGCCUUUGGGAACAGUAACGGCCUGGCGGUGGUGGACUACCUCCAGAAGACGCUCCUCCUGUGCCUGUCCACCCUGGACCUCUACGGCGCCGCCGACCCCUACCAGCGGCUCACCCGCUCCCCCCGCAAGAACAGGCAGUCCACCUCGGACUUUUGCAUGCGUGGCCUGUCUAGCUUUUAUUCAGAUUCAAAGAAAAGGAUCCGUACUUCGUACCAGAGUCUCACGGAGUUGUCUGACAACCAGCAGUCGGUGGACAUGGAGCGCAGCAAGUCGCCCACCUCAGUUCAUUACCCCCCGUCCUCCCUGCACUCCGAGGGCCGCAUGCCCCGUGGUGAUCCCGCGGCCGCGCCCAGAGCCAGCCCCUGCAGCCCAGUCUUUCACUUGCUGGACAAUGUAAAGGGACCCGGCAGAAAGUUAAGUCUGCCUACAGAUCUUAAGACUGAUCUUGAUCAUGUCAAUGGACAUUGCACUAGUCCCACCUCCCAGCCCUGCUCGGCGGGGAAGCCCCGCAUCCCGAUCGGUCCCGAGGGGUCCCGGCUUACCCGCAGAGGGCCCGGCAGGCCGCCCUUCCGCAAGGCCCAGUCCGCCGCUUGCAUGGAGAUCUCUUUGCCUGUGUCCCAUACCGAAGUAGGUCAUACGUCCAGGAGGGCCAUGCUCCAACAGUUGCACGGCGUCAGUAUGUACUCCCACGACGAGCACCACUCGCCCGCCGCCUACUGCUGGAGCGAGAAAGGAGCCGAGAGCAGGGAGAACUCCUUCAGCCGCUCCCGCAGCUCCAGCGUGUCCAGCAUCGACCGGGAGACCAAGGAGGCGGUGACCACGCUGCAGUUCGGCGAGUCGUACGGCCGCAAGGGCGACGCCCAGCCCACCCCGUGCCUGUGGGUGGGCACCAGCCUGGGCGUGGUGCUCCUCAUCCCCAUGUCCGUGCCCACCGAGGAGGAGGAGAGGCUGGAGGAGCCCGUCACCAUCGGCCCCGGCGGGGCCGUCCUAUUGAUGAAGGGCUCAAUCCUGCGCCUGGCCUUCCUGGACCUGGCCGGGGCCAUCAUCCCGGGCCCCCACGAAGUGUGGCGGGACCCCAACGGCCCCGAAGACCCAGACCGACCCCGGCGGCGCAAGCUGAUCAACUUCUCCCCGUGGUCGUCGCAGGACGGCUGCGCCGAGGGCCACCUGGCCGUGGUGUGCUCCGAGCGGCAGGCCAAGGUGCUGCUCAUGCCGUCCCAGGCGUGCCUUUUCGUGCACAACAUCACCGAGUCGUCCUUUGUGCUGCGCGCCGACGUGGUGACCGCGUGCAACAGCGUCUGCCUGGCCUGCUUCUGCGCCAACGGCCACAUCAUGACGCUCAGUUUACCCAGUCUCAGACCGCUGAUGGACGUCAACUACCUGCCGAUGACCGACAUGCGCAUCGCCAGAACCUUCUGCUUCACCAACGGCGGGCAGGCGCUCUACCUCAGCUCCCCCACCGAGGUCCAGAGAAUCACCUUCAGCCAGGACAUGUGUGAAAACCUGCAGGAGAUGCUGGGAGAGCUGUUCACACCCAUAGAGACGCCCGAGGUCCAGAACCGAGGCUUCCUCAAGGGCUUCUUCGGAGGGAAUGCCCAGAACCUUGACCGAGAGGAGCUCUUCGGCGAGGCGUCGGCGGGCAAGGCCUCGCGGAGCCUGGCCCAGCACAUCCCGGGCCAGGUGGGCAUGGAGGGCAUGAAGGCGGCGGCCGGUGGGGUGGUGGGGGACCUGGCGCGGGCGCGCAUCGCCCUGGACGAGAGGGGCCAGCGGCUGGGCGAGCUGGAGGACCGCACCGCCCACAUGAUGACCAGCGCCGAGACCUUCUCAAAGCACGCCCACGAGCUGAUGCUGAAGUGUAAAGACAAGAAGUGGUACCAGUUCUAAUGGUGGGACGGGGUGCGGAGACCUGCCCCCCUGGCCCACGACACGGACUUUCACUCUACAUUAUGAGCGAGAGAGAGAGAGCGGGAUAAAGAGAGAGAGAUAGACGGUGGGAGGAAACGAAGGCGCUACGAAGAAGAGGGGACUCCUGCCUUGAAAACGGGGCUCUCUCUCUCUCAGGAGGCUUCUGGUUGAGCAGCUGUUGGCACAUUGUUGAAGAGGCUCGACGGGUCGGGCACUUGUCUAGACGCGUUGUGACAGGAAGGAGCACCACGACAAGAGGGCAGUCUCACCAGGGGGCCCUGAGGAAGUGGACGUCCUAGUGUGUGUGUGUGUGUGUGUGUGUGUGUGUGUGUGUGUGUGUGUGUGUGUGUGUGUGUGUGUGUGUGUGUGUGUGUGUGUGUGUGUGUGUGUGUGUGUGUGUGUGUGUGUGUGUGUGUGUGUGUGUGCGCGCGUGUGUGUGUGCGCGUGUGUGUUUGAACUGAGGAGGCUCCUGGACCUCUGUGUGUAGAUACUCUCAAGUUAAGAAACCAACAACAAAAAUGCAUGAAAACAAAAACAUACAAACAAAAAAAGUGGAUGACUACUAAAAAAAUACAAAAAACUGCCAUAUUCAAAAGCAGCAUGCUACUUUAAAACGGAAGGAGGUACGGAAAUUACACUUUUCUUUAAUAAUAUAAGCCAAUGAGAGAAACUAUGAGAAACUUUAUAUAUUUUUUGAAAUAUUGAGGAAAAAAUAGUCUAUAUAUAAAAAGGGAAAUGUAUACCUACAUUGCUAUUAAGCCAAAAUUUGUGUUCUCAUUUAAUGUUUUUUUAAAUUUGGUUUCAAGAAUUCCACAUCGAUAUUCAUUAUUAACACUUUAUAUUAACACCUAACACAAUAUUAAAGCAUAUAUAGCAGUGUUUUCUCUAUGGAUGGACUCACAGCGUCUAAUGCUGACACUUACCAAUUACUUAUCUUCACUGUCAUACUGAUUUCCUUGUUUUUGCUGCUGCUAAUUAAUGAGAGCAUCACCCAAUAAUAGUACCCUUCCCAAAAUACAAUCAAUAGACUAUGAUGAGAUUAUGAUAGCGAAGGCCAUUGGAAAUGUUGUGGUGGUUGACUGAGAGUUGAGACAUUAAUUGAGGGCAAGGGCAGUGUGUGUUAUAAUGAUACAGCAAUUGUACUAUUCAUGUGCCAUAUAAAGAAAAAAAGAAUUCAAAACUUGAUCCGGGAUUAGCACCCACCCCUCUACAACCCUACUGUAACACAGACAAAGUGCUAAUGUAUUGGUAGGGUGAUCUUGUUUACGAUAAUACAAAUAAAGUCCAUUGAAAUGGCGGCGAUGAGAAUAUUUUAUCAUAAUCCGAGGGCUGGAUCUGAUUUUGACGUUCUAGAUAUUUUUUAUUUUUUACUUAAUUGUCGUUAUUUGCUGUUGUCAUUUGUUGGUUUGAAUUUUUCUGAUGCCUUUGUGUGUUUGAGAUCUGUACGCCAUUCCCGUGAAUGUUUGCGUGUGCAGGCAUGCGUACGAAUCACAGAGAAGAGAAGAAGAGGGAGGGAGAGAGAGAGGUAGAGGUAGAUGGAGAGAGACGGGGAGAGAGAGGCUGAAUCCCAAUAGCCGGGCUAAGGUCAGACUCUUCUUUCUUUGCCAAAGCAAUCGAAACAUGAAUGAACCUCCUCUUCUCUCACCCCAACACAAGUGUUUGUAUUGCUCUUCGGUGGAUUGGAGGUUUUACGUACCAGCGUAUCACUGCAGGUAUCCUACUGUUUUGUAAUGAUUUAUUCUCAUGAUUCUUGAUUAUCUUACUGCUUAUUGAUACGAGACGGAUGAUAUGAACGAGGCCCAGUUGACCUUAUAUGGAGUGCAUUUGUACGGGACAGGGCACAGAAGGAACGUAAAGAUCUGUUGUUGUUUUUAUCGUGACGUUUAGGUAUGGGUCAGUCAUUAAUGAAAAUGUGUACAAUACGUGUGUGAGAUAUUCACUCUGAUUUGGUCUAUAAAGGCAAAUGUGUUUUCCGUUGGUUUGUUUUAGACUUUGACAUAUUCUUGACGACUUAUGGUAUUCUCGUGUCCUGAUGCCAUUUUCUAUGGUAAUAUUCGCCUCUCCAGAAAGGCUUUGUAUGUUUAAAGAAGAAAAAUAACAGUGUUUUAUGAUACAUUGUUACGUAUCAUGUUGUUAAUUGUGCUGUACAUGGAUAGGUUUCCAAACAUCACUAGCCAACCGCAUUAGCCGACGGCGUAUUGGUGUUACCUGUGUGCAUUCAGGUCUACGGGGAGCUGAGGUUUUAAGCUGAGGGUUCUCCAUCUCAAACAAGUUUGGCCUGUCGUCAUAUGUGAGAGUAUCAUAUGUGCAAACACAAGAGGCUAUUUGCUGCCUGCAACACCAAUUGACAGCCAACCACAGAUUAGCCCACGAGACCCCAUAUUGAUAUAGGCUAGAGCCCUAAUUGAAUUAGAAAAAGCAAAGACACUGGAGUUUUUAAAAAGCGCAAUUGUCCAUUGUCUUUCACCAGAUAAAAAUGUGGUUAUGAACACAACAGAGAAUAUAGCUUAUAUAUUUCUCUGCAUGUACCGUCAAUGAAACUUGUGUUCAGUGCAGUUUUGACUUUCGAUGGCAAAGAAUACAUUAAGAAACAUUUAAAAUAGGUGCCUGUAGACAGGGUGUUUUAUUGUUUUUUUUUUUUUUUUUACCAACUGUACAGCUCAAUCCUGGGAGUAAAGAGAGAGAGAGAGAGAGAGAGAGAGAGACAAAAAGUAAAAAAAACAUUCAUAGAAAAAAAGGAGAAUUAGGGUAUUUUUCUCUGUAACUGUCGUACCCGUCACUGCUGGUAUUGAAGCUGGGCUAACCUAGCGUUGUCUGGGUCCCUUGGACUAGGGUUGUCUUCUGACCAAGCAUUUCUCUAGUUUUAUCAAAUGAUGGCAGCAAAGUUUGUCUUGUUUAAAUGGAUUCUACCACCUUUCGUUCUUAUUGAUAUUAUACUAGUGUAAUAGAAAUUACUGGACAAAAAAUAUCUGAACUAUGUUGAUGCAAAAUCAAGUUUAAAUAAACAUUGAUUGAUGUACACAAUCGA